CUUACUCUUCCACAAUACCAGCUUAAUAAUUUUAUUACAAGGAUGUAUGUGAUCAAUAAAGUGUACCAUCUGGACACACAGCUCCAUAAAUUAGAGCAGCGGAUCAAAAAUAACAUCCACUUAGAGCCAUCUGACCUCCACAAAGGUUCAGACCAAGUAUCAUGCCUAAUGAAAAACAUAUCAAUAUUGGAAAACAUUAUCGACUUAUUAUCUACGACAUCUAAGUCUCGACCACUGCUGCGUGCAGACCAACUCGCAAGGAUAAUCUCCGAAUAUCCCCAUAACCUGCAUAAUGUUAAACAGGCAUCCUCGGAUGUAUAUGUUCCGAUGACGGCUAUGGUAGAUUAUUCCUGGAUGGUGGCUGCUAAAGCGGCGAUCCAGACAUUUGGUAUUAUCCUAAAUUCUUUUUCAGAAGAUGCGCUUGCCCUGAACGACGAAAUAAUCUACUGGGACAGCGUUUUAGAGUCCGACUGGUACCUGGGGUGGUACGCAUUACAGACAUCUCCAGGCUUCCUUUGGAAACGACUUGGAUACUCUUUCUCUGGCCAGCAUAAUGCUGACUCCGACGAUAAACCCCUAGUGCCCAUUUCACAUAGAUGGGCGCAAUUCUACAAAUCUGUCCGCGAGUGUAUUGUCUCACAAAGAAUGUUUUCUUUGCGAAAAAGAAUACCGUCACCUACCUCAUUGGCAAAGAGAGAAGUCCGGCGGAGCAGAAAGUCACUGACAGUGGUGAAAGACAUUUACGCGAGCGGUAUUGGACUUCUCAUGAGAAAGUGUUUCAUGUUUGAAAGUGACAGUGAUUCCACGGGCGACAAUGACUUGAUAACUUCCAAUAAAGAAUGGCAAGAUGUGAUCAUCGAGAGUGUGAUCUUGAUGAAAUCGGUUCUAGAACGUGGAGUCAAUGGCAUAGUCGUCAGUGACGUCCAAAAUGAUACCGUGGCGGCGAUUGAAACGGAAGCUUCGAAAAUGCGGAUGCAUUACUGCAAUAUUCCAUCCUCACAACAACCAAAAGUUGUCAUCCAACAUCUCGGCCACAUACUCGAAGAACUUCUUCCAUGCUCUGCCACAGCUUCUACGUCUGUCAUUCGCGACUUUGGACGUCCCGGGGUCUUUGUCCGUUACUGGUUGCCAAUAUCAUUGGCCGUUUUUUCAACGAGCACAUUGUUAGAGCUGUUAACAAACCGACGCCAUGAAAUUCUGAGAUGGAUAACCGACAUUGGUUCAACCACCAUCGAGUUCUGGAACAACUGGGUCGUAGACCCAUUUCGAAAGCUUAUUGGGACCAUAAGGCAUGAUGAAGAAAGUGAGAUUGCGCUGAUGAGUAGGAACAGCCUAGAAGCCGAUCGGGCUAGUUUGGAAAGAAUGGUCAUGGAUUUUGUCCUCGACCGUUGCGAACCAGUCAAAGAGGAAUUUGGCCCCGUGAAUACUCACACAAUCACAGCCAAAGUAAGAGAAGGUGACUUGACACCUGUUUUGAAAGCAUAUGAGAAAGACCUACGCAAUCCAUUUGUUGGCACCGUACGAGGUGAUUUGGUGCGAGCCCUCUUGAUACAGAUUCAGAAGACCAAGGUAGAUGUCGAGAUUGCAAUCGGGGGUAUCGACGCGUUACUGAAAAGUCAAGAACUUGUAUUCGGGUUUGUUGGCUUGACCCCAGGUAUAAUGGUAUCAUAUACAACAUUCUGUUGGCUUCACGGCAUCCUAGGAAACAGGAAGGGUCUGAGCAUGGGUAGGCGGCAGGAUGAACUGAGGCAUGCUCUUCGAACCAUCCACCGGACCCUGGUAUUAUCACCCCAAGCCACAGGUGUUCUCACCUUCAAAGCGUACGGUCUCUUGAUAUGCAACGCGGAAAUAUUACUGUACAAGGCGCAAGCCAUACUAAGCGGCACAGAUAUGCAUCUGUUUCAAGAAGAUAUUCGUGACUUGAUUCAGGGAAACAGGAUCGAUCAACAGGUAAAAAUUGUUGAAAGAAUGAGCUGGAUGUACUCAAGAUGGAUUUGAAAAACCUGUAUGCCCCGGAUGUCUAAGAUACAACAACUAUCUACCUCAAUAAGAAAUAGGCCCAACCGGCCGGUCAUCAUAUGCCAGAUAAGAUUGUGGUUUCUGAACAAGUCUAUUGACCCGUGAA